CACACCCCAGAACCGUCUGUGUUUAUAGACGAGAACUACGCGAAACACACCAUGUUCACCCUCAACUUCUUCCUUCGUCUAUUUAAGUUUUCCAUGAUCGGACUCAUUGGCACGGGUACCGUCGUCUGGACAGCUUUUGAGGGUGCUCAUAUGUGGGUGGAGAAGGUUGCACUGGCGCCGGAAAGCGAUGAAGAGGCUAAGAAGUGGGAGUGGGAUGUGGAACAAGAGAAGUGGACGGGGGGCGGAACUGGAGGUACCGAUCCUGCAUUGGGAUUCAAGGGCCGACAUGCCGUUCGCAGCAGUUGGAUAGCGCAGAACUGGGGCGUCGGUUCGUCAAGCAGCAUCAUGGGGUCUACUGCGCUCAGCGGAAAGGGUAGUUUCGGCUCGGGAAGAAUGAACAUCGUGGAGGCGAGCCUUGAGUACGCUCAGAACUUCCUGAACAUUGCGCUGGAGAUCGCUUUGGGUAAGGAGCCCUCCAAGGUACUACGGCCACAGACAAUGGCGGAUCUGCUUGUUCGGCACGCGAGCAUCAUGGAGCGCAUGGGGACACAAGACGCCUUGUUUGAGGCCCGAUCCGAAUUUCAGCGCGUAUGGGCACGCGUGUCCGGUCAAGGACCUGAGGCGUCUCGCGUCGCGCUGAAAUUAGGAGACCUAAACUACAGGCUAGGCGAUGCAGAAGACGCGCUCGCAUGGUGGGCGCGAUCCAUUCAGAUGAUUGAUUCAGAUGAUUCCAAGUCUGUUCCCCCAAUUCCGAUUAUCCCUGCAUCAAUGCCUCCCUCCCCAUUGGCUCAACGAACGCUUGCCUCUGCGCUAGUCUCGUUAUCGGCCUAUUAUGCGACAUCUGGCCAGUUACGAGAGGCGCAAGGCACACAGGAGUCUGCGCUCAAUCUACUGCGGUCCAUUCGGGUCACUAAUACCGCGUCAUCGCUGACACCACCUCAGGCGCUGCACGCAUUGUACAUCCUUCACCGUUCAGCCUUGAUUUCUGUCCAUCUGGCGGAGGUCCUCUACGCUCUCCGGUCGCCCAUAGACAUGUCUGUGCAAUGGUUGAAACGGGCAGCGCAAUCAUCGGAGCGAGUAGCUCUGACGUUGACUGGGUUGCCGUCGACACAUCCGGACGCUCCUCAGUCUAAAGUCCCACAUCCUCCUUCCUCGGAAGCGCCGCUUCGUUCUAUAUACUCGAAAUCACCUUCGAUGUCAAAGCCGGCGAAAAGCCUACUUCGGGAUGCUCGAAGGUCAGCUGCGGAAGCCUGGAACUUAGUCGGUGUCCUGAACGAAGCCCAGGGCGGUCCGAGGUCAAUGGAGACAGCGCUCGAAUGUUACGAGCGCGCGCUGGGCUGGGCAGGCGUGGGUGCGGACAAGGCUGGUGGGAUCGGGAAGGCCGGGGAAGGCAUCCAGGAGGCUGAGUGGAAGGUCCUAUGGGGGAACUAUGUCCGAGUGCGGGAAGCU